AUCUCAACUCUUCCCUUUCUUCUUGUGAAAAGCUUUGUUGCCAAAGUGAAAUGGAACUGACAAUAUAACUUCUGGUCCCUUUUGCUAAAAAUCAAACUCAAAGAUGGAGCUUUCUCUUGCUUUCUUGGCUGCAUGCCUUCCAACAAUAUCAAUACUUGUGCUAGUUUCGGUUGCCAUCAAAAGCUUCGGAUGCCAUAGAAUUCUGUCCAGGAAAGCGAAGAAGAGAUACCAUCCGAUCGCCGGAACCAUAUUCCAAAAGUUCCUAAACUUCAAGAGAUUGCACGAUUAUCUCACGGAUGUAUCUCGCAAGUACAAGACCUUCAGACUGUAUGCUCCUUUUCACAAUCUGAUUUACACCACUGAUCCUGCAAUCGUGGAGCACAUCUUAAAGACCAACUUCAAAAAUUACGGCAAGGGACAAAUAAAUUAUGAAAAUCUGAAAGAAUUAUUUGGAGAUGGAAUCUUCAGAGUAGAUGGUGAAAAAUGGCAUCAUCAGAGAAAAUUAGCUACUUCUGAGUUCUCUACAAGAGCUUUGAGGAACUAUAAUAGCAGUGUUUUCAAAACAAAUGCAGCAAAACUUGCCCAUAUGAUUUCUGAGAAAGCCAGAUCCAAUGUGGCAAUGGAUAUUCAGGAACUAUUUAUGAGUUCCACAAUGGACUCAAUAUUUAAAGUUGGGUUCGGAUUCGACCUAAAGAACUUGGAUGGGUCUGUUGAUGGAGUUAAAUUUACCAAGGCUUUUGAUAACCUAAGUGUCUACACCAUAAGACGGUAUGUUGAUCCUUUCUGGAAAAUUAAAAGGCUUUUCAACAUUGGCUGUGAGGCGAAAUUCAAGGAAGACAUCAAAGUUCUUAAUGACUUCAUCUACAACUUGAUUCGUGCUAAGAAUGAGCAAAUAAACUCUGGGAAAAAUAAUUUGGAAAAGAAAGAAGACAUUCUGUCAAGAUUGAUGACAGAAAUGGAGAAAGACCCAGAAAAUAUAACUUUUGAGUAUUUGAGAGACAUCACACUCAACUUUGUUAUAGCUGGCAAAGACACCACAGCAGGAACGCUGUCUUGGUUCUUAUAUUUGCUUUGUAAACAUUCCGCUGUGCAAGAAAAAAUAUUCCAAGAAGUGAAACAAGCAACCCAAGCAAAGAAAGACAUUAGUAUCAAUGAGUUCAUGGAGAAAAUAACUGAAGAAGCUCUUGAUAAAAUGAAGUACCUUCAUGCUGCAUUAUCCGAAACUCUAAGAUUGUUCCCAGCAGUUCCAUUGGAGGUGAAGAGCUGCUUCUCCGAUGACACUUUACCUGAUGGAUUUAAUGUUAAUAAAGGAGAUGUUGUGUUCUACAUGCCUUACGCCAUGGGCAGGAUGGAAGAGCUUUGGGGUAAUGAUGCUGAAAAUUUCCAGCCAGAGAGAUGGAUAGAUGAUGAUGGUUCAAUUCGCAAUGAAAGUCCUUUCAAGUUUACAGCAUUCCAGGCUGGACCUCGUAUCUGCUUGGGAAAGGACUUUGCAUAUGUACAGAUGAAGAUCUUCGCAGCAGUCCUACUCCAUUUCUUCAAAUUUAGGCUUAGCUGCCAGCGUGAUGAUGUUCGUUAUAAAACUAUGAUAACUCUUCACAUAGAUCAAGGACUACAUGUUCAUACUGAUCUUAGAUGAUGGUGGCAUGACUGGGCGUUUUCUCUCGCACCAAAAAAUCUCAUACUCGAAGCUUAACAAUCAAAAAAUAAAAAUACCAAUUAAUUAUGUUGGUGAUUUGUGCAAAACAAAAACAUAUGACUGUACCUUAGCUUUGAUUGGAAAAAAAGCAAAAAAAACGGAAACAAAAUGAAAUCCAAAUAAAGUGUAGUUGUAUUAUUUAUUAUUGGCUGGUUUAGGCUUUUUAAUUUCUAGUGGGCACUUGUA